CACUUCUCUUUCGCUUAAAGAUUACUACCACCAUCGGCAAAACCAUUUAAGCGUUACAACUUUACUAUUUUAUAUCAAAACACCAUCCAAAACUACAUAUUCACAGUCUACUACAUCCAGAUAGUCUGCUGUAUCAAUUCCGAGCUUUUUCACGGCAAAAAUGACAAGUCCUGGAAUUAAUGUCCAUCAUCAUGCGAAUGAUGAAUCAUGGGCACAGAAGGUGGCGAAGGGACUUCAGGCAAAGGUCCCAGCGCCUAUGAAUUGUAAGGAUCUAAUGGGUGAUCAGAUCCACUAUACUGCGGUGACCCUCUAUGAAGACGAACAACUGAAGGAUCAAAUAAGAAUCCAUAGAGCUGAACAGAUCAUUCAACAAACGUUGGAAGAAGAAGCGGUUCUGUUUGAACUACCAAAAAGGGAAUUCUCCACGCUUACGGAGGCGUAUACUCUUAUCCAAGACCAAAUAGGAAUUAUCGAUGGGGUUACACCUCUAAACCGAUUUGGCUCUAAUACCAGAGGCAACCUUUUAGAGACGUUGGGUACUAACAAAUUUUUUUCCUACGAUAUGACUUAUCAAUUUUUGUACGAAGAUGGAAAUGGAAAUAUAGUUGACGAAAACGGUGAUGAUCUCAUGAAGUUAGACCCUGAAGACGACGAGACAAUUAAGCUGGAAACUAAGGUGGAUUAUACAUCUUAUAUCAAACGAAGUCAAUGA